AUGGAUGUGAAAGUCAAGAUCGAGUGCCACUGCAAACUCACCUCCUUCUCCCUUUCGAUCCCGUCGCUGCUGCUGCCCCUGAAAUCGGCGCUGUGCCACUGCUCCUCGUGCCGGCACGCGACGGGCCAGCUGUUUGCGACCUGGGCCGUGAUCCCCGCGGACCUGCCACCCGGCGUUCUGGGCGGUGGCGGCGGGGAUCUGGUCAAGUACGAGUCAUCGCCGACGUGCCAGCGCUGGUUUUGCAGGCGGUGCGGCGCGAGCGUCAUCAACGUCGACGGCGGCCAGGGCCAGGAAGAGUGGGAGGUGGGCACGGGGGUGCUCUACUUCCUCGACGACGACGGCAGCCCGAAGGGAUUGGAGGGGAAAUUGAACCGCGUGCAGCUCUGGGUACAGGACGUCAAGGGGGACGGCGGCGCGGUGGGGUGGAUCAACCAGGGAAAACUUCAAGGGAUGGAUCGGCACUGGACGGGGCGGCAGAGUGAGAUGGUCGGCGACGACGAUGUCAGGGACCUCAUGAUGCAACGCGCAGCCAGCACCAGAAACGAGGGCGAGCGGCUCGCUGCGCAGUGUCGCUGCAAAACCGUCAGGUUCGAAAUCUCACAGCCUCACGGCGACCACAAUGCCGGAACGGGCAGGUUCGAAGCGAGCCUCGACGCAUGCACGUCCUGUCGGACCGUGACCGGGUUGGAAAUCACCUGCUGGGCCACGGUGCCAAAGGGUCUCGUCGUCGCGGAACCCAAUCUCGAGGCACUGCUGGUUGACACGGCGAGGUUGGGCCACUACAAGACGUCGGCGGAUGUGAGCCGAUAUUUCUGUGCACAGUGUGGCGCCACGGUUUUCUACUACAAGCACGGCCUUGAGACCAUCGACGUCGCCCUGGGACUUCUGGAGCCCGGAACCGAGGGGGCUGUUCGCGUGGAGUCGUGGCUCGCAUGGCAGAAGUAUCCCAAGUGUUUGGCGUAUGUAGAAGAUGCAGUCGACACGGUAUUCGUCAGCAAUUUGGGGGAAGGCAUGAAGCAUUGGGAGAGGUGA